AGUAUUUUUGCCAAUGAAAAAUUAAAGUUGUCAUAAGACAAAGGCAGAUAAAGAAAAGAAACAAGACACCUUACCAAAAGCCUUAAAAGAGUUGUUCUUCUUUCCUUCUUUUCAAAAUUUGAAUCUAAGAUGAACCGAAGAACGUCCUCGUUAUACGUGCAAGUGUAACACUCACUACAUCAAAUUAAUAUAAAGCAUAGUUUCAAUUUCAUAUGCUAAGUAUACAAUUAUUCUUCCAACGGUCGAAAAAGUCAUCACAAUCACUCCCUCUCUCUAGAAUUUUGAAGCUUUCUGUCUCAUCAUCAUCAUCAUCAUCAUCAUCAUCAAUGGUGGCUGGUAAGGUCCGUGUAACCAUGGGUUUUCACAAAUCUCCUUCAAGCAAACCAAAGGACAUGACUUCUCCUCCUCCACUUCCUCUUCCCCCUCAGCCUCCUCCGCUGCUUAAACCGACUUCCGGUUCUGCUGGUAAACCGUCAAAUCCCCCUUCUAAUCAGAAAACCGGUUUCACCCGCUCCUUCGGCGUUUACUUCCCACGCGCUUCAGCUCAAGUACACAAUGCUUCCUCUCGUUCCGACCAAAACAGCGUCAUUUCCGACCUUCGUCGUCAAGUGGAAGAGCUUCGCGAGAGAGAAGCUCGGUUAAAGACGGAGGUUCUCGAGCUCAAGCUACUCAAGGAAUCCGUCUCCGUUAUCCCGCUGCUCGAGUCGCAGAUCGCGGAGAAGAACGGCGAAGUCGAGGAUUCGAGGAAAGAGACGGCGAGAUUAGCGGAGGAGAACGAGAGAUUGCGGCGAGAAGUCGAAAGGAGCGAUGAGCUGAGGAGAGAGAGCGAGAGGAGGGAGAAGGAGAUGGAGGCGGAGACGGCGGAGCUACGGAGACUUGUGUCGUCGCUGAGGGAGAGUGACGACCACGCGCUCUCGGUCUCUCAGAGGUUUCAGGGUUUAGUGGAUGUGUCGGCGAAAUCCAGUCUGAUCAGGAGUUUGAAACGGGUCGGGUCGAUGAGAAACAUACCCGACCCACCCGACCCGGUUCCGAACCAAGAGGACAUCAAGACCGUUACGAUCGAGGAACUCCACGUGUCAUCAAUCUCAACCGUCAGAUCUAGGGUUCCCAGAGUCCCUAAACCACCGCCUCAACGGUCAUUUUCAUGCAGCGAGUCCACGGAGAACCGAGCUGAUCCUCCGCCGCGGAGAACGAAUCCACCUCCUCCUCCACCACCGCCUCCAGCGCAACAUCCUCCGUCCGUUUCCAAAGCCCCUCCUCCUCCUCCUCCACCACCGCCGCCGCCGAAGAGUUUAAACAUAGCGUCGGCGAAAGUAAGAAGAGUACCGGAAGUUGUCGAAUUUUACCACUCGUUGAUGCGAAGAGACUCCACAAACUCGAGAAGAGAUUCCACCGGCGGUGGAAACGCCGCCGCAGAGGCGGUACUCGCUAGCUCAAACGCUAGAGACAUGAUCGGAGAAAUCGAAAACCGAUCGGUUUAUCUACUCGCGAUAAAAACCGACGUAGAAACGCAAGGAGACUUCAUAAAGUUCCUGAUCAAAGAAGUCGAAAACGCAGCGUUUUUAGACAUAGAAGACGUGGUGCCUUUCGUAAAAUGGCUCGACGACGAACUCUCAUACCUGGUCGACGAGAGAGCGGUGUUGAAACACUUCGAAUGGCCGGAGCAAAAAGCAGACGCUUUACGUGAAGCAGCGUUUUGUUACUUCGAUCUGAAGAAACUCGUAUCGGAAGCUUCUCGUUUCCGGGAAGAUCCACGUCAGCCUUCUUGCUCUGCUCUCAAGAAAAUGCAAGCUCUGUUCGAAAAGUUAGAGCAUGGUGUGUAUAGUCUGUCGAGGAUGAAGGAAUCAUCGGCGACAAAGUUCAAGACUUUCCAGAUUCCGGUUGAUUGGAUGCUCGAAACCGGCAUUACUAGUCAGAUUAAAUUGGCGUCUGUGAAACUAGCGAUGAAGUAUAUGAAGAGAGUAUCUGCAGAGCUCGAAGCCAUUGGAGGCGGUGGCCCUGAAGAAGAGGAGCUUAUAGUUCAAGGCGUCAAAUUCGCGUUCCGUGUUCACCAGUUCGCAGGAGGAUUUGAUGCAGAGACAAUGAGGGCAUUUCAAGAGCUAAGAGAUAAAGCGAGAUCAUGUCAUAUUCAAUGUCAAAGCCAAACACAUCAACAUAAGCUCAUGUUGAAGCAAUCUUAGCUUCAUAUAUAUAUAUAUUCACAUCAUCGUUAUUUUUCGUCAUUUUCUCUAUUAAAUUUGUUUUUUUUUCUUGUUCUCCUUAAAGACAGAUAAAUUAUGUGAAUAUACGAAACUCUUGCUGAAAA